CGCUCAGUCGUUAGGACUCGGAUUGGCGUGUUAUGUGCGCGCGGAUAAAUCUCCGUGUCAUUCGUAAGCUUUGAAAAAAAAAAAAAAAAAGGCUACGAAGGAAGCGAUACUGUGAUGACAGGACCCGAAAUUCACAAAUACAUUCAACACAGAGUCGACUUCACCGCGUUCGAUGUCAAAUGGAUGCCGCAGAGCGCCAAAUUCCUCGCUUUCGGAGUGUGCCCGGACGGCCAAGGAACCGUAAAUGUGUACGAACUAGACGGCAGUUCAGUGAAGGAAGCGCAACAGGUGAUCCUGCCUCCAAUUGGCGUGAAAUGCGGUACCUUUGCGUCAUCGAGUAAAGAGGAGCGCAAUGUUACGACGGGCGGCUUUGACGGCAAUUGGCGAAUUUGGGACGUCGAAUGCCCUACUGAGCCCAUCGUAUCCAUUAGAGGCCACAGCAAAAUCAUUAACUCAAUCGACGGUAUAGGCGACAGCAAUGGCUCUCCAGCCGUAGUAACAGGAUGCAAAGACGGCUCUGUCAAAGUGUGGGACCCACGAAAGCCAGAACAACCAACGGUGGUUAUGGAGCCAGCGCCGGAGCAGCAGAAGCUAGAUUGUUGGGCAGUGUGCUUUGGCAACGGAUACAGUGCUGCGGAACGUUGCGUUUGUGCUGGAUACGAGAAUGGAGACAUCAAACUUUUCGACCUCAGAAAUCUCGCAGUCACCUGGGAGACUUGCGUCAAGUCAGGUGUGUGUAGCUUGGAAUUUGAUCAGAAGUCCAUCUACAUGAACAAACUAGUUGCAACCGGAACGGGGUCCAAGAUACACGUUUUCGAUCUUAGGACAAAGCACCCGAAAAAUGGCUUUGCUCAGCUGUCACAUUCAGACGAAACAAACUCGACUAUCUGGACUGCGCGACAUUUGCCGCAAGACAGGGACAUAUUUGCCAGCUGUGCAGGCUCUGGAAUGAUCAACCUGUGGAAGUACCAAUACCCUGACAAAAGAACCCGCAAGGCUUCGGAUGGCUGUGACGAAGGCGUGGCCGGCACCCUGACCCACCUCUGUGGGGCCUCUCUGGGUAACCAACCAGUGUCGGCAUUAGACUGGAAUCCAGACAUGCAGGGACUCUUUGCAACGUGCACCUUCGACCAGAACCUCCACAUUGGAUUUGUGACUGGCUUGGCAAGCUGACCAAGCUGUUACAGUGCGACGGAUAUACAGAAUGAUCCGAAAGUAUUGGUAAUGAUAAAAAUGCAAGAUAUUCUGAAAAGUACAGAAAAACACUGCUUUUAUCAAAAUUUGAGGAUAAUUUUUUAAAACAAAGUAGUCGUAUUGCUAGAGUAGUGACAAAUGCCACUACCCUAAUUUUUAUAGAGAAAUCCAAUAUUUUUUCGGCAUAUUUGUGGAAGCCACAUCUUGUUUCGGUGUAUAAUUAAAUUUGUAUUUCUUUCCAUUACUUCUGGAUCACUCUGUAUGCGGAGAAAGUUGAAGAUGAUACUCAGGCAGAUUAUAUUUUACUUACCAUUUCAAAAAGUAAGUAUUUUGCUGCCUCGUUUACAAGAAAGGCUGCUGCAAGAAGAAAGCAGAAUGAGUGCCGCAUUGUUACAUUUCGUACGAAAAUAAAAACAUUACUUUCUGA